CAGGUAGCCAAACAACAUAUUUUUUCUCCCAAUACCCGACCAAUGUCGACGCUCGGCAAACGGAAGGAACGCGAAGAGGAGCCUGUUGGGCAUGGGUCAACACUCUUUGUUUCCAAUCUUCCAUAUACCGCGACCUCUGUCGAUUUGCAGACUCUCUUCUCCGAUAUCGCACCAGUUCGUUCAGCAUUCGUAGUAACGGAAGCAGGAACUGGUGUCUCUAAGGGUGUGGGAUAUGUCUCUUUUGCGAUAAAAGAAGACGCACAGGCUGCACUCGACAAGAUUUCAGCGGAUGGCAUUGCUCUCGUCGGAAGAAAUCUAAGGGUCCAAUGGGCAGAAAAUAAACCCAAAGACAAGACCGAAAAGGCAGCAAAAGUGGAAUCCAAACCCAAGCAGAUACCCACCCUUCGCCCCCGGGCGUCUCAGGAUCCACUGGCGAUACGCACCAUCGUAGUAACCGGUCUGCCCCCUUCUGUAGAUUCCAAAGCUUUGUUAUGGAAAAAGUUUCGAAAAUACAAGGGCGCAGAGAGCGUAGAAUGGCCCGUGGAUGAGGGUGCAGCGCAUGUACUUUUUUCGACUCCCGCGGCAGCGCACGAUGCUGUCGACAAACUCCAUGCCCAUGUUUACAAAGGUUCUCUCCUUUCCGUAACGCUGAAAAAACGUUUGGACAGUCUAGCAAAAGCAUCCAAGGCAGAUACAAAGGCCGCUGCGCCGAAUCACUCUAGUAGACUUAUCAUUCGGAACACCCCUUUCAACAUUACUGAGCAAGAUCUACGUGCUCUCUUCCUUCCGUAUGGCCCGAUACACUCAAUACAUAUUCCCAAGGGCAAGGACAACGGCCGAUCCCGUGGUUUUGCUUUUGUCUGGAUGCUCAGUAAGAAGGAUGCCGAAAAGGCCAUGGAGUCAUGUAAUGGGAAAGUAAUACGCGCUGGGAUGGCAGAAGGAAUGGUGUCGGAUAAGCAAAAGAAGAAAAAGCAGCGGAGACUGGAGAAGAAGAUGCAGCAGGGUGAGGGCGCGAAUGUCGAGGAUGACAAUGGCGAAACACAAGAAGCGGAAAAAUCUUCGGAGCGGACGAUUGCUGUGGAUUGGGCUCUGAGUAAGGACAAGUGGGAGGAGGAGAAGACACGGAUGGAGGAAGACAAUGACGUUGAGAUGGAAGAUGGCUCGAGCGAAGAUCGGGAAAGCGACGAGGAAAGCGAGGAAGAGGAACAGUUGGGUGUCCAUGACGGCACCGACGAGGAUGCCAGUGACUCCUCUGAUGAAGAAGACGAACACGACGAAGAACCUGUGAAGCCUCAACUUCCACCUCCGGAGACUGGGACAACACUUUUCAUCCGGAACGUACCUUUCACUGCAACUGAGGACGAACUACGAACAUUGUUCCGCGCAUUUGGACCUCUACGGUACGCUCGGAUUACUUUGGAUGCCUCGACUGGGCGAUCCCGAGGUACCGGGUUUGCAUGUUUCUGGAACAAGGAGGAUGCAGACAAGGUGGUAGAACAGAGCGACCUUCUAAAGGUGGAGACGACAGGAGCUGAGUCGGCACCAAAGAAGAAUCCCUUCAGCAUGCCAUCCAUUCUCACUCCCGAUCCGUCUUCUUCGUUGGCACAAAGCCUCGUCCUUCACGGCCGUACCUUGGACGUCGUGAGAGCUGUAACUCGCGACGAAGCUGGAAAACUCAAAGAAGAGGGCGAGCGAAGACGCGAAAAAGCAGACAAACGCAAUAUGUAUCUUUUGCGCGAGGGUGUUAUUUUACCGAACUCGCCUGCUGCCCAGGUAAUGGCUCAGGCAGAACUAGAGCGACGUACUGCCUCCUUCGGCGCUCGCAAGGCCCUCCUCAACUCCAACCCUUCAUUGUACGUCUCAAAAACACGGCUCAGCAUACGACAGAUACCCAUUUUUGUCUCCGAGCGGGUCUUAAAACGCCUUGCCCUUUACGCUGCACGAGAGUUCGAGAGGGACGUCAAAAAGGGCGAGAGGAACGGGCUCACGGCUGAUGAACUCGCUGUUGAGGUGGAUCGAAAGGGCCAGUUGGACGAUGACGAAGCCAGCGGUAAGAAGAACAAGAAGAAACCUGACAGUCGUGUCAAACAAGCCAAGAUCAUCCGUCAGCAAGAGCGGGUAGAUCCAGUCACUGGGAAGGGCCGAAGUAAGGGGUACGGCUUUGUGGAGAUGCAUACGCAUGCCGAUUCUUUACGGGUCUUGCGGUGGGCAAACAAUAACCCCAAUGUUGGAAAGCUUUUGCAGGAGUGGUACAAGGAUGAGCUGAAAGAUCUCGUUAAGGUCGAGAAAGGGAAGGGUAAAGAGAAAGAUGAUGCGAGAUUGAAGCGGCUGCAGGAUGAGCAGGAGAAGGCCAGCCCCACGGUCAAGGGAACGCUCAUCGUGGAAUUCUCUAUUGAGAAUGUGCAAGUUGUCCAGAGGAGGACUACCCAACAACGUGAACGAGCUACUAAUCCCGAUACGGAGAAGAAAGGGAAAAAGGAUAAAAAGGAGAAGAGGAAGGCCGAUGUGGAGGAAUCCCCGUCCGAAAAAGAGCGGCCAGCCAAGAAGGUCCGUACCGAAGAAACCGAAAAGAAGGGCCCGGGGAGAUCAUUGGGUUCACUGAUUGGAAGGAAGCGAAAGGAGCGCAAGGGAAAGCAUUGAUCUAGUAAACACUGCGUUGAAACUUGUCAACGUUUACUCAUUCCAUCUUUGUCCCAUAUCUAAGGUUACGUCUCCUUUGAACCCAUCGAAUGCGAAUAUUCUAGACACAGGUAUAAAGAGGGGGAAUCGCCGGUCUUAAGGUUUUCUCUACUAUGACAUUUUGGACGAC